CCCCGCUGCGGGGUCCCGGACCAAUUUGGAGGGCGGAUGAAGUCCAACAUGCGGCGUAAGCGGUACGCGCUGACGGGGCGGCGCUGGAGCCAGAGCCAUCUCACCUUCAGCAUCCAAAACUACAUGGAGAAGCUGGGGCGGUACCACUCGUACGAGGUCAUCCGCCGAGCCUUCCAGGUGUGGGAGCAAGCCACACCGCUGGUUUUCCGGGAGGUGCCCUACGAGGACAUCCGGCAGAAGCGGAAGAAGGAGGCCGACAUCAUGGUGCUCUUCGCCUCCAGCUUCCAUGGAGACAGCUCCCCUUUCGAUGGCGUCGGGGGCUUUUUGGCUCACGCCUAUUUUCCCGGUCCUGGCAUGGGGGGGGACACACAUUUCGACUCGGAUGAGCCCUGGACGCUGGAGAACACAGAUGUGUCUGGGAACAACCUUUUCUUGGUGGCCGUGCACGAGCUGGGGCACUCGCUGGGCCUGGAGCACUCCAGCAACCCCAGCGCUAUCAUGGCCCCCUUCUACCAGUGGAUGGACACAGAGAACUUCAAGCUGCCCGAGGAUGAUCUCAAGGGCAUCCAGCAGCUGUACGGUACCUCAGAUGGGCACCCUCAGCCCACCAAGCCUUUGCCCACUGUGACACCCCGGAGACCUGGCAGGCCAGACCAGAGACCACCUAGACCACCCCCUCCAGGGAAACCAGAGCGACCCCCCAAACCUGGUGGCCCAGACCAGCCUGACCAGUAUGGCCCCGACAUCUGCGACGGGAACUUCGACACGGUGGCGGUGCUGCGUGGGGAGAUGUUUGUGUUCAAGGGCCGGUGGUUCUGGAGGGUCCGCCACAACCGGGUGCUGGACAACUAUCCCAUGCCCAUUGGGCACUUCUGGCGGGGCCUCCCCGGGGACAUCGAUGCCGCCUACGAGAGGCAUGACGGGAGGUUCGUCUUUUUUAAAGGUGAGCAGGGAAGCUGGGUGGGAGGGCCGAGGUCCCUGACAACCUACGGGCAGGGCAUCCCCUACGAUAGCAUCGACACAGCCAUCUGGUGGGAACCCACGGGGCACACCUUCUUCUUCCGUGGGGACAGAUACUGGCGCUUUAACGAGGACACCCGCUCAGUGGACCCCGGGUACCCGAAGCCCAUCUCCGUCUGGGUGGGCAUCCCUCCCUCACCCAAGGGUGCCUUCCUCAGCCCGGAUGCCUCCUCCACCUACUUCUACAGAGGCACAAAGUACUGGAAAUUCGACAACGAGCGGCUCAAGAUGGAGCCGGGUUAUCCCAAAUCCAUCCUACAGGACUUCAUGGGCUGUCACACGGAGCUGGAUUACGGCAAGGAUGGCCACCAGCCGGGCGGGGAUGUGGACGUGGUGGUGGAGAUCGAUGCAUACACGCGCACCAUGAGCAUCGUCAUGGUGAUACUGCUGCUGGUGCUGGUGCUCUGCAUCCUCGGCCUCAUCUACAUCAUCGUCCAGAUGCAGAGGAAGGGCGCGCCCCGGAUGCUCUUGUACUGCAAGCGCUCCUUGCAGGAGUGGGUCUGA